CAGGGGGUGGCGAACCUCUUCCUGCCGCUCUGGGGCGGCGAUCUCGGCUGCACGGCGGCCGAGGCGCGGGCCUUCGCCGCCGAGGCGGCGCGCCACCCGGGCGUGGUGCUCGGCGCCUACUGCCCGAAGGUCGGCGCCGAGGGCGGGGCCCUGCGGCCGGAGUGCUUCGGCAGGUGGUUCGACGCCCUCUUCCGCCUGGCCGCCGAGUUCGACCUGCCCGUGGAUCUCCACCUGGACGAGCACAACGACGCCUCGCCUGGCGCCCUGGCGCUGCCCCACCUGGUCUCGUCGCUGCGGAGGGCGCAGCAGGACCUGCGAUACACCCGGCAGGUCGUCCUCGGACACUGCACCGCCCUGGCGCUGGCGGAGGGGCAGCGCCGCGCCGAGCUGGUGGCCGCCCUGGCCAGCCUGGGGCCGCAGGUCUGCGUCGUGGCCAACCCGCUGACCAACGUGUGGCUGCAGGACGACCGGCGGGGCACCAACGCCGACCUCGGCGCCCCGAUCGACGCGCAGGCCCCGCGCACGCCGGCGUGGCGCGGCAUCACCCUGCUGCAGGAGCUGUGGUCCGCCGGCGUGCGCGUGGCGUCGGCGUCGGACAACGUGCGCGACUGGUGGUCACGGCGAAUGCGACGCCCUGGAGGUCUUCAAGAUGGCGGUGCACCUGGCGCACCUGGACACCAUCCGAGGACCGUGCACUGCAACAGCGCGCCGCCGGCCCGGUGGCUCUCCCUCGUCACGGACGCGCCCGCCGCCGCGAUGGGGCUGGAGGGCGGCACCCGCUUCCUGCAGGCGGGCGCACCGCUGUCCGCCUGCGCCUUCGACGCGCGGUCCAGCUCGAGGAGGGCACAGGGGGGGACCGCGCCGUGAUCGUGGGCGGCGCGCUGGCCGAGCUCGCCCUGCCGGCCUUCGAGGCGCUGGACGACCUCCACGCGGAGCCCACGGAGCUCCCGGAGGUGGAAAUUGCUAGGCGCGCUGCUGCUGCUGGUGUGUUGGGCGCUGCUGGGCGCGACGGUGCUCAUUCGGUGGGUGAGGCGGCCCGCUCGCUCCAGAACGCCAAGGACCGCCUGGUGAGCAAUACGGAAAAGGCUCCCAAGGCGCUGGCGGCGGUGGUGGGCACAGGGAGCGAAGUUGCGAGGCUGGCGAAGGAGCUGGAGCACGCAACGCAGGAGGCCGCCAAGCUCUACGGCGCCACUGCGGGCGGGAUCGAUGUCAAACAGCUCAAGACCGGGCUCGCGGCGAUUCCCGCCCAGGCGGCCAUGUUCGACGCCUUCAUGGGCUUGAUUGGCCCUGGCGGCCUACUGGGAGCCCGCGGGGACGUCGAGGACCUGCGCAAACGCAUUGCUCGCGCCAUCGAGACUCUGCGCGCAGCCAAUCUGGCUAAGGCAGACGGAGCAUCGUGCAAGGAGGCGCCGAAGCACGGCGCGGCGCGCGACAGUCAUGCGAUGGCAGCACAGAAGGCGCGCUGCACGCCGACCACGGACGGCGAGGUGACCGACAAACUGGCGGAGCCAGCGGGGGCCGCGAGCGCGAGGGGCGGAGUCGCGAGCCAGCACUCGGCAACGGCGGCCAGCGAGGGCCUGUCAGACUUCGACCGCGUGGUGCUGCAGGCGGGCUAUCCCUACGCCGAGCAGAUUGGCGAGCCCAUCUUAGUGGUUGGGGAGUUCAGCCAGGUUGCCGAGCGUUCCGCGCGGUGCAAGGGCGUGGCCAUCGGGGCCAAGUACGAGAACGCCGCGCUGGCCGACUUCCCCAAGGGCCCCCAGGCGGCAGUCAACGAGCUGGAGCAGACCGCCAUCCCGCGAAAGCAGCGGCCUGCUGUCCAGCAGCCCGCGGCCGCGCCAGGUUACUCCACGAUCUUGCUGGUCCUCCUGGUCAUCGUGGUCACCGCGCGCACGGCGGACUUCAUAGGAGCCUCGCUGGUGCUGGUGGCGCAGGCUGGCAGGGCGAAGGGCGUGCCGCCCAAGACGGUGCUGCACUGGGCCGCGUCCACGGGCUCCUUGGAUGCCGUCGACUACGCCCUCGGGAAGCGCGCGGACCCCUCGCGCGCCGACGCGGACGCGCGCUCGCCGCUCCACAUCGUCAGGACACAACUCCGGGGAGUGGAGCGGCUGCUGCAGCAGCGCGCGGCUCCCGCUGCGCGGGACGCCUCCGGCGCGCUGCCGCUGCACCGCGCAGCCCUGGCUGGCAGCGCGGCGGCCACGGCUGCACUGGCCGCCGCGGCGCCCUCGCGGGUGGACGCACCCCACGAGCGCACGGGGGGAUCGGCCGGGCGGUCUCGGUCGACGCCGCCCGCUGCGUGGGCCACGCGCCCGUGCUGGAGGUGCUGCUGGCGGCGGGGGCCUCGCCCUGCCGGCGCAACCGGGCCGGGGAGCGGCCGGUGGACACCUUCGUGGAGGAGGACGCGGACCAGGUCGCCGCGCUGCUCCGGGAACCUCCGGUGGUCGACCAGGGCUCCAGGCACGAGGUCGUGCGGCUCCUGA